CGAGAAGCGAGGCAUCAGGUGCUCGCCGUCGAUAAGCUGUGCUCUAAGAUCUUGCCGGUUUUAUCGAAGAUCUGAUGAUGCGGUACCUCAUGCUGGUUUCUGUGUCGUGGCUUGAAGAGAGGCGGUGAUUGAUUCAUACGGACGCCUGGAGAUGAAGCCUCUCUACCCUCUUAUCAUCCCUCUGCUGCACAUCUAUGUGCAUGCUGCCGAGCAUCGACAAACCAGGCCGGCCUUCGUCGUCGCUCCCCUCAACCGUGUGUCGUCCGCUCCACCUCGUCAGCUCUAUCCCCUCCCUCGGCUGCCAAAUGAUGCCGUCACACACAUGAGGUCCCUUCCCUCAGCCGCAGUGGAGGUGGAUCUUCGCCGUGGCGCGUCAGCAGCUGUUGAUCCGCUGUCAACCGACAGCCCGGUCAGGAAGGUGCGGCAGCGGGUCGUGGUCAAGCUGCCUGAGGAAACCAAGGACAAGGCGUACAGCGUCACUCGGCCAUCGCGGGGCCGCCCGUCUUUGCCGUUGCAUCGGUGCUCGAGUGUGGAGAGCCUGCUUGAUCUGAUUGGCGAGGCUGCGAACAGGACGUCACUGGACGCGCCCACUGUGUCGGCUGCCAUCACCACCCUCGCCCGACUGGCCACGUCGUCCCGCGAAGGCCGCAGAGGAGCUCAUAAGUGGCUGAGUGAUGCCCGUGUGGUGGACCUGAUCGAGCGGCAGCUGGUGGAGCACCUGGACGACACGCCUCUCGACUUUGCCGGCAGCCGGGGAUGUACACUGUUGUGGGCGCUGGGCAUGCUGCAGUGGGACGACAGCAAGGUGCCGGACCGCCUCUCUGCUGAGGUGCUCGGAGAUUUGGACGCCCUCAGCAUCAAAGACAUGACUCAGGCCACCAUCGGCCUCGCAGCUAUCCGCUCGGCCACCAGUAGAUCACCGCCCUCUCGCAGGCGUCAGAGGCACGAAGGCAUGUACAUCGACCUGCUGCUCAAGCAGCUCUCUCAGAGGCUGGUCGACCACUGCCCGCCCGACGUCACAGAUGCCAUUGUCCAGACAGCCACGGCCCUGUCGAAAGCUGGUGUGCACAACGUCACUCUUGUCGGUCGGCUGGCGGGCCUGGCACUGCCCCACUUGACCCCCUCCCUCCCCACCAAGCAGCUGGGGAUGCUGCUGUGGGCCAUGAGUGUCAUGAGCUACCCGGAGGGAGUGUCGCUGCCACAGGGCGGAUCCAUGGGCGUCAGGCCCUGGCGAUUCGAGCACGGCAAAGUGGUCGAGGAGCUGCUCGAGCGGAUUGCCGAGUGGGGGGAGGGGAGGGACUGGGCAGCAGAGGACCCUGAGACUGUGGCGUGGGUGGUAGUUGGUGUGGGGCUGUUGGCCUGGAGGCACGACCUACACGGCAAGAAGAAGGGCUAUGGACAAGGCAGCAGCGGCGCCACAAGCAUGCUCAUGGUAAGUAGGUAUUGUACACUACACAGACUCGCGCGCGAUUCCCCCUCCCUCGUUUACCUGUUUGCCAUCAGGCAUUCCUCGAGCGCGUCGGCGAGGAGGUCGACCUCUCACCAUCACGGCUAUCUGACCACGGCCUGAGCAACCUGCUCACCGGCCUCUCCAAGGCGUCCAUCAGCCCCUCCUCCACAGCAUGGGACCGAAUCGCAUCAUCACUGCUCACGCGCCACCCAUCCGACAUCAAGCCAUGGUGCCUCCUCGCCUGUCUUGUUGCCUUUGGCGAGAACGGCCGCGCGUCGCCACCUAUCAUCAGGGCGGCCCAGGAGGCUCUUUCUGAGAGGCUCCUGAGGGAGAUCCACACGCUGCGCAGUCACGAGCUGUGCAUGAUUGCACGGAGCAUGGCGCGGCUGCGGGUGCGGAACGGCCUGGUGAUGGAGAGGAUCGCCGCGCAGGCCACCCGGCUGCUGCGGAUGGAGCGUCUGCAGCUGUGGGAGAUAUCGGUGCUGCUGUGGAGCUUCGCCAUCCUGGAGUUCCGCCCGCGUGACUUCCUCGAGUGCAGCCUGGUGCACAUGCUGCGUGAGUACCAGAUGAGCGUCCCCGGGAGCGCCGCCUCCAGCCAGGUCAACCUCUACCACCUGGCCAGUGCCGUGUGGAGCUGCGCCAAGCUAUUCCCCUUCGCCAGCAGUGAUGCCGAGCAAGAUGACCCUUAUGAGGCAGAGGGUCUGGCUGGCAGUUCUGAGGGGCAGGGUGAGGAUGGUAAGCAGUGGGUGCGUGAGCGUGAGGGUCGGGAGCCGCGGAUGGACUGGCGGCUGGUGCGUCAGUUCAUGGUCGACGCCAUGAGGAUAUGCGCCGCCCGCAUCGACGAACUCGAACCGUCGGUGAGAGAGAUCAAUGAGAGAGAACAGCCCUUGCACACAACACAUGUCACACCGAUUGCAAUGCGAUGCAUGUGUGGGUAUUGUGUGUGUGUGUUUAGCGUGUGGCGGCCAUCGCGUGGGCGAUCCUCAGUCUGCACGUUACGGCCAAGCCCCUUCUCGUCGCCAUUGCCGGCCGCAUCACGGCGGACCCAACAGCAGCAGCACCCCUUCCCAGAAGCUCCCCCUACCAGGGCCCCCCGUUCCUGCGUCGGCUGGCCAACCGGCAGCUCGUCACACUUAUGACCGCAAUCACACGGGGCGGCCUCUUGCAUGGAGCUGUUUGGGACGCAUUUCGGCAAGAGAUCCAUCGCAGGGGCGUCGGGUCCUUCUCACCCAAUGCGCUGGUCAACGUGGCGUGGGCCAUCAAGAAUGGGGCUGUGUGUGUGGAGCGGAGGUGUGCCAAGAGGAGGAGGAUGGAGUCAGAUGGGGAAGGGCGUGGGGUGGCUGAGUGGAGGAAGGAUGCCGAUCUGCUGGUGUCUUUCGGUCGCGAGCUGUCGUGUGUUGUGAAGGAGGCGUCUCGGCGUGGGUUCCGCGACUUUGCGCCCCGUCGGCUGUGCAUGCUGCUGCAGCUGGUGCCGUGGCUGCUCACCUGCUCGGCUGUGACCAUCACCGUGCAGCAGCACAAGGGCGGCAACAGCCACAAGAGCAGCCAUUGUGCUGAUGAUGAUGCGUUAUCGUCUCUCCAUUUCCCUCUAUCGUUCAUCAACGCCGCUCGCGAGUACUUUGCGCAGCGGAACAGGCACCUCAAGUCGACCAAGAUAGCGGACCUCUACCUGAAGGCGCGGCCACUCCCACUCCCGCCAGAGCUCUUCUCCGACGCACUCGAGCUGCUCGAGAUGGAGGCCAGACGAGUGGAACGGGGGAAUGAUGGCGAUGAGAGUGAGACGGCCGCAGAUGCAACUGCAGAGAAGGCGACAUUGGCCGCGUGUGCGAGUGGUGAGGACCCGUCGCACCAGCUGGCGUGGUCGAGCACGGUGUUCCUGGGUCAGAUAGCGUCCGAGGUGCGGCGGCGGGUGCGGUCGUUCACGCCCUAUCAGCUGGUGCUGCUGCAGGAUACCUGCAUCCAGCUGACAGCACAGAUCGUCCAGCUGCGCCAGUGCCUCAGCACAUCGUCGGCCGUGUCGUCAGUGCUGGGCAACUCCAUCCUGGCGGCACUGACACAAGUGGUGCAGAAGACGGUGGAUGGGCUGAGGGAGGAAAGCUAUCGGCGGCUGGCGGCGAUGAACAACAAGGAUGUCGACAAGGAGAGGCGGAAAGAUGCGCUGAAGCUGCUGACGGUUGAGCUGUCUGCUGAGGAGCUGCAGAGGGCCUUGGGGAAGGUGUCGAAAGUCAUUGUGACUGUCAGAUACAGAGAGAGAUAGAUGGAUUGAUGACGGACGGACUGUUUGAUCAUCCCUGUGCCGGUCGAGACUGAUACGGACAGACACCAGCGACGCACUGAUAGAGACACACGGAAGGACGGUCCAGUUCAGAAGCAGCGUGUUUCUGUAAGGCCCGUGUCUAGCA